AGUGCAGCGCCACACAUCCUCUUCGACACACACGCACAGAGAAAGACCGAAGACCAGAACUUCCUUCAUAGUUUUGCUUUCGGAUUAAAAAGAAAGAAGUUGGAUUUUUUGCAACAAGACUCAUCAUGAAGCUCCUCGUGUUGGGCGCGCUGCUCCUAGUGGCGGCGGAGGGACACGCGGCGAGAAGCCAGUGGAGGAGGUCCAAGAGGGAGCUGGCCGCCCCGCUCCACACGGGCGGCAUUCGCGAUCCGCUGGGUUCGUACUGCCAGCGGCGAGGCGGCUGCUGCCCCGGACGGGACGACCUGUGCACCGUGCCCUAUUUGGACACCAUUUGCUACUGCGACCUCUUCUGCAACCGCACCGUGUCCGACUGCUGCCCCGACUUCUGGGGGCACUGUCUGGGCGUGGAGCCCCCGUUCAUUGGGUCCUGUGAAAGAAACGGGAACAAGUUCCUUUCGGGACAAACAUACAAGGACAACUGCAACUUGUGCACAUGUGGCACCACUGGACGUUGGGAGUGCGAACAGAACGCCUGUCUGAUGGACAGCAACAUGAUCCAGGCUGUCAACAGAGGGAAUUAUGGGUGGAGGGCCGCUAACUACACCCAGUUAUACGGCAUGACGCUGGACGAGGGCAUCCGCUACCGACUGGGCACGCAGAGACCUUCCAAAACCACCAUGAACAUGAACGAGAUCCAGAUGAACAUGGAUCCCGAAGGCGACGUCUUGCCCGCCAGUUUCAACUCGGCUGACAAGUGGCCUGGCAAGAUCCACGAACCUCUGGACCAGGGCAACUGUGCCGCCUCCUGGGCCUUCUCAACAGCGGCCGUGGCAUCAGACCGAAUCUCCAUCCAGUCCAUGGGUCACAUGACGCCUCAGCUGUCUCCGCAGAACCUCAUUUCCUGCGACACCAGGAACCAGGGCGGCUGCGCCGGGGGCCGCGUGGAUGGAGCCUGGUGGUAUCUCCGCCGCAGAGGGGUGGUGACAGAAGACUGCUACCCAUACACCCCGCCGCAGCACACGGCGGCCGACGUGGCCCGCUGCAUGAUGCAGAGCCGCUCGGUGGGCCGCGGAAAGAGACAGGCCACGCAGCGCUGCCCCAACGCGCACCACUACCAGCACAACGACAUCUACCAGUCCACGCCGCCCUACAGGCUCUCAGCCAACGAAAAGGAGAUUAUGAAGGAGAUUAUGGAUAAUGGCCCCGUGCAAGCCAUCAUGGAGGUCCACGAGGACUUCUUUGUGUACAAGAGCGGCAUCUACAAGCACACGGACGUCAGCUUCACCAAGCCGCCGCACUACCGCAAGCACGGCACGCACUCGGUCAGGAUCACGGGGUGGGGUGAACAAUGGGACUCAAACGGCGCUCCCAGGAAGUACUGGGUCGCCGCCAACUCCUGGGGCAAGAACUGGGGCGAGGACGGUUACUUCAGAAUCGCCCGCGGCGACAACGAAUGCGAGAUCGAGACCUUCGUGAUCGGCGUGUGGGGCAGGGUCACCAUGGAGGACAUGCACGAUCAUCACCAGCACCAGCAGCAGCGUCGCCGCCACGUUUAGAGCCCCCACGGGAACCACAGCAGGAGCCUCAGAACCUCACCCUCUUAGCCUCCCACCCGAC